UUCCAGAAGAAUGACGUGUUAUUUUAAAAGACAGAUUUAAAUCCACAAGUCUCAGGGAGUGGGAACUAAGUUAGCCUCUCUCUCUUAGUUAUUAGGAGUUGUCACACAGGGUGCAGUAGUCGUGCCACUACAGAAAUGAUGGCGAACCGUCAGCUUGUGUUCCUAUUCUCUUCCAUGCUUCUGGUUGUCCUUUCCCCGACCGUUACAGCAGCAUUAGAGCAAGACCUCGCCGACUUGGACAGUUUUAUACAAUCACUCAUGACGUGCGAGAGUAAACCAAUCGUUGGCCUCGCCAUUUCAGUCGUUAAAAAUGGAGACGUGGUCUUUUCCAAGGGGUACGGCAAGCGGGAUUUGAACCAGGGUCUCCCGGUGGACAACAAGUCUAUCUUCGGCCUCGGGUCCAUUUCCAAGUCUUUCACGGCGACUCUUCUGGCCAGCGUUCUCGCUGAGAGAGAUGACGUCACAUGGGACACGCCGUUAGUCGACAUACUGGGACGCGAUUUCAGGUUCCAAGACGAAUAUCUGACGAAGAAGACAACCCUGCGUGACGUUCUUGCCCACAGGACUGGACUACAGACCUUUUCGUUACAGUUGUUACAGUACGGGAUGGACAUAGAUAGGGCGGAGUUCGCAAGGAGGGUUCGCCACUUCUCCGAGGUCCAUCCCUUCCGCUCGGUUUUCUCCUACAACAACUUCCUCUACACCCUGGCGGGGCACGUCGCCGAAAGGCUUGCCGGGAAGCCAUUCGAACAGCUGUUACGGGAGAGGAUCCUCUUCCCCCUGGGGAUGAAUGCCACCACGUUUCUCGCGGAUGCGCUUGAGGAAGGUGACUUUUCGAAUUUUGCCCAGUGCUAUCUGACCUACAACAAGAAUGGAUCAUCCCUUACCCUCGAUCGAGAAGCCUUCAGGUUUGUGGUUUGAUUUGUUUUUUUAUAUUUGUGCCAGUGUCCAAGUGACCAUCCCUGAACACUUAGUUAAAAGAACUGAAUUUCUGGGGCUACAUGACUAUUUUUUCUCUCCGUAUGUAGU